AUGUUUGAUGCCGCAGCGUACAAUUCGUACUACUUCGGCCCCAACAAUAUAUGCUACGCAUGGAACCUGUGGCCGGCCCCGACCUUCAAUCCCGCACCCAAUCCCAGCGUGAACAUUUUCUCCUCAAGCGUCAAGGUCUCCGCAUUUACGUUGCCAGCUACUGUGAUAAACAACUUCUGGACCAGUGACUUCAAUCUUGGGCAAAACUUCAAGGUGCAAUACAUCGCUGCCUGUUCAGCAUACUUCACUUUCAGCCUUAAAGUCGGGAGUAGGAGCAUUGGUGCUGUUAAGUCCGGCGACGUAAUUCCGUACAACGUAAAACCCUGCACAGCAAUGACGUUCAGUCUAACCCCAUCCUACGGAGGAGUUGUUGGAGCGUCAAAGACGUUUAGGACCACCAUUCCUAGUGCUCCGGAUAUUUUUGCGUUCAAUGUAGACAACGUAAAUCUGCACCAAUCCUUCGAUAUUCACUUCACCGCCGUGUGCCCUGGCGCGUACUGCUAUGAAAUCAGCGUGAAUGACGUCAGCAUUGAAUACCCAGUGACUACGGAUACCACAGUUACUUAUGAUGUACCGCCCUGCACUGACUUGACGUUCACCCUCUCCGCCAAGAACUGCGCCGAUGACUCCGACACCGGAUACUCAACGAGCUUGUCGCCGUACCACACAGAUCCAGUUCCGGAUAUUACUUCGUUCACUGUAGACAACGUAAAUCUGCACCAAUCCUUCGAUGUUCACUUCACCGCCGUGUGCCCUGACGCAUACUGUUAUGGAAUCAGCGUGAAUGACCUCAGCAUUCAAUACCCAGUGACAACGGAUACCACAGUUACUUAUGAUGUACCGCCCUGCACUGACUUGACGUUCACCCUCUAUUUCAAGAACUGCGCCGAUGAAACCGACGCCGGAUGCUCAACGGACUUGCCGUACAUCACAGAUCCAG